AUGGUGGGCGACGCGAGAUCGGCUGAUGAUAUCUCUUCCGACGAUGCGCCGGUUCGGCCGACGACUGCGUUGACGUCGUCGUCGGCCGUGGACUGUGCGGCGCCGGCGCGCGAGACGUUUAUGUCUUCGGCGCGCAGGUACGGAAUCGAGCGAUCGAAGGCGACAUGGAGAGAUAGGACGUUUCGAAGCGCUUUGAAAGUGCGACUGGGGGCUAUUUUAGUGGCGAUGGUGACGGAGGGGAUGAUGGGGUCGUACGACACGUCUCGAGGAUUGGGCUGGGACGCGAAAGCGGGCGCGGCGUGCGGGUUUGUGUGUCGGCGCGCGAGCGCGCUUGCGGCGUGGGACGGCGUGCACUUCACAAACAUCGCCGUAAAUGGAUAUGAGUUCGAGCAUCAGCACGCCUUCUACCCGGGUUUGCCGUUCGUGAUACAACUAUCGUCUCGCUUCGUGCGUUUUGUGACGCGCACGAUAUUGCUCAGAAACAUACCGGAGACGUGUUUAGCGAACCUCGCCGCGAUCCUGUUCAACACCAUCACGUUUGCGUUAAGUGCUACGGCACUACACUCUCUGUCGAAGACGAUGCUGAAGAAUGACGGCGUCGCCGAGGCGGCGGCGCGACUGUACAUAAUCAAUCCAGCUAACAUCUUUUACGGGAGCGCAUACACCGAGAGCGGGUUCGCCUGGGCACAGUUCGCCGCUGGAUCAGUGUUAGAAGAGAACACGAUCGUACUCGCUGGUAUUCUAUUCGGCGUGGCGACAGCGUUUCGCUCGAACGGUGUUUUGAACGUCAUCAUUGUGCUCUCGCACAUUUCUCGAGAGGUGUUCCUCACGUUACGCAAUAGGCAAGAUCAGCGUCGGCACUUCAAAGCCGCGCGAUGGAUAAAACGCGGAUUCAUCGCGCUCAUAUUAGUAGUGUUCCCACACUACCUAUUUGCGCGCUUCGGCGAAGCCAGAUACUGUCCGUUCAGCAUCAAAGUGAAGCGGCCGUGGUGUCAAAAUCGAUCGUGGAGAAAUCUCUUCGGCCUGAUCCCGAGCCCCAUGUACUCCUACUUGCAGCGACAUUAUUGGGGGCUCGGCUUCAUGUCGUCGUAUCACGCGAGAAAUCUCGGAAAUGUCAUUCUCGGCGCGCCCGCGAUCGCGAUCGGGGCGUAUCUGUCGCAAUGGUUUCUUCGCGAGCGCGCGAGGCGCAGCGCCGCCUUCGUCAAGGAAGACCAUCAAUUCUUCGUUUCCGCGUACUACCUGCAGUUGGCGGUGAUGACUCUGAUCGCGGCGACGUACAUGCACGUUCAGGUUGCCACCAGGUUCCUGAGCACGUCGCCGGCGAUGUAUUGGGGAUUAGCGCACCUCGGCGCGAAGAGUCCAGCGCUGCGUCUCGUCGUGACGACGUACUCACUCGCGUACGCCUUCGUCGGCGUCGCCCUCUUCGCGAGCUUCUACCCGUGGACAUAG